GUAUGAUCGUUCACAGCUAUAAUAGCUUAUCUCCCUCCCUCUUCUCAUACUUCAAUUUCACAAAAACCUAACCACCAAUUUCUCUCUCAGAAACCCUAAUUGUUAGAAUUUUGUAAUAAUCAUCGAAAAUGGUGUUGGCACAGCUGGGAGGGAGCAUAUCCCGGGCAAUCCAGCAGAUGAGCAAUGCCACAAUCAUCGAUGAGAAGGUUUUGAACGAGUGCCUCAACGAGAUCACCCGCGCUCUACUUCAAUCCGAUGUCCAAUUCAAGCUUGUUCGCGACAUGCAGACUAAUAUUAAGAAAAUUGUCAAUCUCGAUGAUCUCGCUGCUGGUCACAACAAACGCAAGAUCAUCCAGCAGGCAAUAUUUAACGAGCUAUGUAAAAUGUUGGAUCCGGGGAAGCCAUCUUUUACUCCGAAGAAAGGGAAAACAAGUGUUGUUAUGUUUGUUGGUUUACAAGGGUCUGGGAAAACCACUACAUGUACUAAAUAUGCAUAUUAUCAUCAGAAAAAAGGUUGGAAACCUGCUCUAGUCUGUGCUGAUACAUUCAGAGCUGGUGCUUUUGAUCAGCUAAAGCAGAAUGCCACCAAAGCUAAGAUACCAUUUUAUGGAAGUUAUAUGGAAUCGGAUCCUGUCAAGAUUGCAGUGGAAGGAGUCGAAAGAUUCAAGAAGGAAAAUUGUGAUCUUAUAAUUGUUGAUACCAGUGGGCGCCAUAAACAGGAAGCUGCUCUUUUUGAAGAAAUGCGCCAAGUUUCUGAAGCAACGAAACCCGAUCUUGUUAUAUUUGUUAUGGAUAGCAGUAUUGGUCAAGCCGCAUUUGAUCAAGCUCAAGCAUUUAAGCAAAGUGUUGCAGUUGGAGCUGUGAUUGUUACCAAAAUGGAUGGUCAUGCAAAGGGUGGUGGUGCUCUUAGUGCUGUUGCAGCAACAAAGAGUCCUGUUAUAUUUAUUGGGACAGGAGAGCAUAUGGAUGAGUUUGAAGUUUUUGAUGUUAAACCUUUUGUUAGUCGCCUUUUAGGAAUGGGUGACUGGUCCGGAUUCAUGGACAAAAUUCAUGAGGUUGUUCCUAUGGAUCAACAACCUGAGCUUCUGCAAAAACUAUCAGAAGGAAACUUUACCUUGAGGAUUAUGUAUGAGCAGUUUCAGAACAUACUGAAAAUGGGUCCUAUUGGCCAGGUAUUUUCAAUGCUUCCAGGGUUUAGUGCUGAAUUAAUGCCAAAAGGUCGUGAAAAGGAAAGCCAGGCGAAGAUUAAACGUUAUAUGACUAUGAUGGAUUCAAUGACAAAUGAAGAGUUGGAUAGUUCUAAUCCAAAGCUGAUGAAUGAGUCCCGUAUUAUGAGGAUAGCACGGGGUUCUGGCCGCCAAGUUAGAGAAGUAAUGGAAAUGUUGGAAGAGUACAAGCGUCUAGCCAAAAUCUGGGGCAAAAUGAAGGGACUUAAGAUUCCUAAGAAGGGUGAGAUGAGUGCUUUGUCCAGAAAUAUGAAUGCACAACACAUGAGCAAAGUCCUCCCUCCACAGAUGCUGAAGCAAAUUGGUGGAAUGGGUGGCUUGCAAAAUCUAAUGAAGCAAAUGGGUUCUGCAAAGGAUAUGAUGGGGAUGUUUGGAGGUGGGGACAAGUAGGGUGUGAUUUGAACUGCAUUGAUGAUCUGAAUUGGUUUCCAAUUAAGCGUAGCAAGACGAAAACACGGAAGAGGCAUACAAGCAAAUCAAUGCUACUGACUGUUUAGCUUAGAUAAUUCUUAAAGGCUGAUGCAUUUGGAUUGAAAUGGUAUUUAACUUUGCCUGUUUUGUAUGUAUUGGGUUGAGAAAAGUAAAAUAUCUAAAAAGAAAGAAUGAAAAAUAGUGGGAAAUUGAGGUUUUAGAUCAUGAAGCAGAAAUAAUUUAUUUUAGAUCAGUGUUCCAGCAGAUGUAUAUUGUUCAGAAUUUUGCGUUAGGACGUUGAGAAUUUGCAAUUCCAUCUUCUAUUCAAUGAUAUUUGCCCAGGGGAUUUCCACAAA